AUGGACGAAAGCGAGUCUAUACAAAAUGAAAAGGUUUUAGAGCAAUCAAAAGAAGAAAAUGAUUCUGAUAAUUUUGUUAGUGAUAAAAAAGUUGAAGAACAAGCAAAAGCAGAUACAACAGAAAAUGAGGUUCAAGAUAAAGAUCAAAAUAAAAUAGGUACGGAUGAAGAUGAUGGUUUUGAAGAAUUUAAAGAGCGUAUUCGUGCUUUAGGCCAAAUCCAAAAGAAUAUUAACUUGAAGAAAGUUGGAAAGAAAAUUAAGAAAGGUGUAAAAAUUAAUAAGCAUCAGAUCAAGAAAGCUUUUAAGAAGCUUGGGAAGAUUUUUAACCCAUAA